CAGGGGAUGAACAAUCAGUACGUCCGCCGGGAGGUCUUCUGCGGGAACACCUGUCACGAGCUCAAGCGCUUCUGGGAGCGCGAGAUCCGCAAGCAGACCUACUACCGGGAAUCCGAGGAAUACCGACUGGGAAGAAGUGCUCUGAGAAAGCUCAGAGAGGAAUGGAGGCAGAGACUGGAAGCAAAGCUGAGGCUGCGGAACAAUCCAGAUGAGACCGAAAAGCGGGCAAAUGUGGGCCGGGAGUUUCUUGCUUCGCUGACACAAGACGAUUCAAAGCACUGA